AUGGCUACUGUGCGACCUACUUGGUUUUAUCAAGAUUGUGCAUUUAAAAGGGUGGUUCCUAGAGAUGGAUUGAUAGCUAAGAAAUUAUGCGGCCACCAUUUGCAGACAUCAUUUGCAGGUUCAUUUCCAACACCAAUAUGGCAGGUUGGAGUUGGCUUGAUUAGUCCUUCCAAAAGGGCUUCUUCACUUCCUUGUAUAAGGUGUGAGAAAAAGGAGAAGAAUGAGGGUUCUAUUGAGCAUGUAUCUGUUGAGCGUCCUCCAUAUUACAGUUAUAUGGACUCUACGUCUGGGCAGCUUGAACCAGCCUCUGGUGCUCGUGCAAGUAUUCCAGGGCAAGAGUACUGGCCAGAGGGGACAGCUAGUCGAGUUAGGGCUGCCAGGGCUCCUGAACCCAUUGGCGAGUCAGCCGGAGUUCCAUCUUAUGGCAAAAGUCCAGGGAGUAGGAGAAAAAAGUUUAAGGCAUCUGUCGCUGCUUCUGAAUCUUCAGAAAUGAGUGUCGUAUCAAAUGAUUUAGUAGAAGCUGAAACUUCGGAUGAUGAAUUUGAAGACCCUAAAGAUAUGUCUUCCGAAUAUGUUGUCUAUCAGACAGAGCCUGAGGAAGAGGAGCUAACAGGCUAUAAAUUGGACAAGAAACUUGGGCGCCCUCACCCCUUUAUUGAUCCGGAAGUGAAGAAGCAGAUAGAGGAGCCACUUACAAGUGAAGAACUUUGGUGGAACUGGAGAAAGCCAGACAAGGAACAAUGGUCUAGGUGGCAGAGGCGGCGACCUGAUGUUGAAACGGUGUUUCUUAAAGCUAUGGCAGAGACGGGGCAGAUCAAACUUUAUGGUGAGCAUCCAACGUUGACCGAGACCUCACUUUACAGAGCUAGACGACAUAUUUUUAAAGAGGAGAGGCUAAUUGUUAGUUUUCAUAGGCUACAGGCUGAACAAGAAAGACUAGAAAGAAUAGGUCCAAUAGCAUACUACUCGGAAUGGGUAAAAGCAUGGAAGAGAGACACUUCACGUGAAGCUGUUCAAAAACAUUUUGAAGAGACUGGGGAAGAUGAGAACACCCAACUCAUUGAAAUGUUCACACAUCAAACUGAUCGGGAGUACCGCAUAAUGAUGGGGACUGAUAUUCGUAUCCGCAGGGAUCCAUUGGCAAUGCGAAUGCGGGAGGAUCAAAUAAAGCAAAUAUGGGGUGGAGAUCCAGUUUACCCAACUAUUAACUACAUUCAAGAUCCAAAUGAGGUGAUUGAUUUCCGGGGUCCAGAUUUUCACGAACCCACACCAAAUAUGCUGGCUUAUCUUAAAGAGCAUGGCAAAUUAAUAUCAAGAGAUGAGCUUGAGAAAAUCCUGGCCAAAGAGAAGACGGAAGAACUUGAGGUAACAGAUAUGGAUGAAGCUAUGGCACGAGCUGUUGAUAUUGGCGAAAAUGAUGAUGAAGGAGAGGACAGUGAGGUUGAUGGUGAUGAUGAAGAUGAGAAAAUCACCCGGAACUGGAGUGUUCUAAAAAGUACUCCUGAGCUUCGGAAGUCAAAGGGACAACCUAAGAAGGAUGACAUGUCUCUAGGAGAAGCAGUAGAUGACUCCGAGAAUUUAACUGAUUUUCUUUUGGACUUUGAGGAAAAUGAGUGAUGUAUCUCGCCUUGUGAACUUUUUGAGGUACGUUUGGAGUUAAUAAAGAGAAAAAGAAAGCCAAGAAAAUGAUCCAGAAUAUAUGGAAGGAAUCACAAGCUGAGACAUUCAGCAAACACACAAGUUCACAAUGUAAACUCAUCUGGUAUACAAAAGGAGGCUUUAAUUAAUCCUGUAAUAGAUCUCCUGCUUAUCAAAUUUUGAUGCAAGAACAUGAGACAAUAUUACUAAUGCGUUCCAAAAGAAGCUUGAGAAGGAGCAAAUUUGAAAAGGGGAAAUUUUUAAAAAUUGGCUUGGUUAAUGGUCAAACCCUUCCCCUUCCCCUUCCCUUUCCCCUUUUUUUUUUAAAAAAAAUAAAAAUAAAAUAAAAAAAGGUCAAACCCACUUGGGACCUACUAGGAUUAAGUUGUUCGUUUGAGUCUAGUCCCGUCUUAUGGUGCUCUUUGGACAAAUUUUUUGUUAAUUUAGCGUAUUUGGUAAAUUUAGAGGUUAGGAUAAAAGGCUAAACCACGGGUUUUCUGUAUAGUUCUGAAAUCAAGUUUCAUAUUGUGAAUAUUAUUGUUGCAUUUUUCUUGGAUCGAGGAUCACAUCGAAUUGGAAAUUGUAAGAUUGUGUAAGGAAUUCAAAAGUCGAUAGUAUAACAAUAAAAAUAUAACUAAAUUCAAAAUGGAGGAUAUUACAGUAUAUUUCACAAUAAUUAUAAAUAUGGGCAUAAGUGUUGAUUACCAAUCCUAUUUUUUAUGGCUAUAUCUAUGUACCUGUGUUCGGGCUUAUUUAUUUGUCAGGUGUUUAUUAUUUUCUGAAAUGAUUCGAGGUCUUUUAGGUGAAUUCGUUUGCCUCAAAUAAGUGUCUCUCUCUUUCACAAUGACCCUCUCUCCUCUUCUCCUCCUCUUCUGUGCAUUGAUCAAAGCUAAGAAAUUGAACAACAAUUUGUUGAGAUUAAACUAGGGUCAAAUACAGAGUGAAUGAAUUAUUCAUUGUCACCCAGGAAAAAUAAAGUUUCAGGCAGGUUCUUUAUAUGGUGGAAUUAAAUGGUUCAACACACUUGUAGAGUUGUUGAUAGUUUUAUGAAGGAUUCAACUUUGCCUUCGAUUUUAAAAUGGUCUCUAAACUUUCAAUUGUCUCAAUUUAGUCCAUAAAUUUUGUGUCAAUAAAAUCCUUUCCAUCAUUUCAUUCGUUGGAACUAAUGGU